UUACAAGCUUAAAUGGCACGCAUCUUAUCGACCCUGUUCAUUGUAGCCAGCUCUGGGACUAAUAGAAAGAGAACAGCACCGAAUACUCCCUUGACACGAACAGGUUUCGAAAGGUUUCUAUCGGGUGUAAGCUCGAGUCUGGGGAACAGGAGCUAAUUGAAACUUUCACACAUGCACGGUUUGUUUGUGUAUCAACCUGAUAGCCUGUGGAUCUAAAAGUAAGUUCUGUUCAUGAAAUUUAAAACAUCGUAUGAACAGGUGAAAAAGUUUUCAAGGCGUCCUCCAGAUAAGGACCUAUUGGAACUACAUUCUCUUUAUAAGCAAGCCACUAUUGGAAAUGUCAAUAUUCCAAUGCCUUCAACUCCUGACGGCAAGAGAUUGUGGGAAGCUUGGAGUACCAAAAAAGGAGUUACGCAAAGCGAAGCAAAAGAAAAGUACAUAGCCAAAGUGAAGAUUUUAGCUGUCACUUAUGCUUGAAUAAAUCCUCAGUAACAAUAAAUUUAUUCACUUCGCGCAGAAUUGUUUUUGCUUCCAUAAAAUAUGUAAUGCUCUAUUGAUAAAUAAAAAUGCA